AUGGGCAGUGAUAAGUCUGAUUUUAAAACCGUAAUGGAGAAAGUUGGUAUACCGACCAACAUAUUAAAGAAAAGGCCUAAGAAUUACAAAAGGAAAUUCGUCCCAAAUAAACCAGAACCAACGGAACCUGACCCAGGGGAAGGAGUGUACAGAAACAGAGCCUUAGAAAGAUCGCAGUUAAAAGAAGAAUAUAGAAAAGUGCAAGAGGAAUAUGAGUUGUUUAAGAAGCAGACGGAGGAGGAGUCGCGUUAUAUGGGAGGCGACGAGGAGCACACACACCUAGUUAAGGGACUGGACUAUAAACUACUGGAGAAAGUGAAGAGACAACUGGAAACAACGGCAAGUGACUCGAAAGACGUAAGAGAGUCUAAGGAAGAUAGGGACUUCUGCUUCACAGAGUUCGGUUUUUACUUCUACAAAAAGUUUUUCUACCACACGAACCUGAAUAACGUUAAUUUUAAUCGCAAAUUGGACCAAACGAUAGAUUUACUGUCGAAGGGCUACAAGUUUAAAGCAAAUAAAAUUUUGAACUUGACUUACAAUUUUAACCUCUCAAACGAGGAUUUGCCAUCGAUAAUAAUCAACGACAAUAGCACUCACAGUAGUGGUAACCUGCUGACGAACAACCUGGAAUUGAAAAAGGAACUGAUAGAGGCAUUCAAUUGGCACGCUGAAAACAGAAAAAAGAAAAAAUCAGAACGACUGCCAUUUAGACCGACGACAGCCACAAAUGAACAGGAAAAAGAAGAGGACUCAGAAGAUGAUAUAUACCAAAACAUAGAAAAGUAUAAGCCUGACGAAUUUGACGAAGAAAUAAUAACGAGCAUAAGUGGAAACAAGGAAAAAGAGGGAGAAGAGUACAAAAGUAGAGGUCUAACGUACAAAAUACCGGAAAAACUGUUGAAAAGAAGCAAAUUCGUACAAAAACAAGAAGAGAACUUCCAGUCAGACAUAGAUAUGGAAGACUCAGACGAAGAAAUAGACAGAAACAAGGAGUUUAAAGUGAUAUGA